CUCAAAGAAAAAAUAUCUUUACCAAAAAAUAAAAAACAAACUACAUAAGUAACAACAAACAAAAAUUACUUCAAUAACAUUUAAUCAUUAUUAUUAGACAAAACAAUGUUGCUGAUGGAGCGCAUACCAGACCAAGUAGGAUAUUUAGUCCUCACUCAAGACGGAGCAGUACUUGCGUCUGGUGGAGGAUUAGAAAACGACGAAAGAGCAGCUAACAUAAUAACAGCGCUUGUUACUUUGACAGAUAAAAUAGACCCCAAAGCAGUAUCAUCAACUGACACGUUCAAUAAAAUAUCAAUAAAAUAUCCUAACCACUGCUACAUAAUUUGCUUGUCAAAUAAAAAAAUUCACGUUAUCAAAAAAAAAUUGCGCUUAUUAAAAAGUCAAUCAGCGACAAUUGAAACUCAAAAUCUCAUUGAUAUGAAAAUUUAAAUAAAAAUUACUAUUAUUAUUAUAAAAAUAACUUUUGUAACAUAAAAAGUGGAAUAGGUCAGAAUAAUUUGCAAUUAAAAAAAAUAAUGUAAAUUAAUAAAAUGACAAAUUAUAAAUAA